GAGCACUCCAUCCUGGGCGACAGAGCGAAACUCUGUCUCAAAAGAAAAAACAAUUAUUUAUCACUAAAUUUACUCACUAAAAGAACUUGCAAAACAAAACCCUACUGCCUAAAAUAUAUUUUAAAACGUAUUUGUGUUUAAGCAGCGUAUAUCUUCUGAUAAAUAAUGACGCGUGGUAACUAGUAAAGGCGCAGCUUUCGUGUUAGCCACGCCCAUCCCUCGCCCCGCCCUCCACAAGCACCUCCCCCCGCAUGCACGCACGGACAUACACGCGUACGCGGGCACACACACGUACACACGCGCGCGCCCGCGAACACAUACAUAUAAGCAAGAGCGCACAAACGCCGGCAGCAUGCAGGGGCGCACGCGCCUGCCAGGUCUCAGGAAAUGCGCUUUCUACUCCCCGCGCCGGUAGAGCUAAUGCAGGGAAGUUUCUGGGAACAGUCGAGCAGCGUUUGCAUUAGUGAGGUUCCAAGUCUCCUUUAAAAUGAUACGACUCCGCCCUUCUCCAAAACCGUUUGAGGAGAAAUGGAAAAGGUUGGGCGUGGAGGUGAAAAGGAGCCCUGUUGUCAGCUGGUCCGUACUCCACCUCAGGAGGCGGCCAACUCCGUGCGUCCAAGAAUAAAAACAUUUCCCUUGUAGGAACAUGCAAGGGUUUAGAAACGCCCCCCCCCCACCCCCCGCGAGGCGUUUGUGAGGGGGACCUGUCACAGUUGAGAAGUCAGGAUGGGCGUUUUCCUCCCAGGAGGUGCCCUAUUAAUUUGCUGCCUCGAUAGUUGGUCAAGCCGGGAUGUUAGCUGCGGAACCUCCAGGACCGAAGAGCGCCAAUUCUCCUGAGUUCGCCUUGGUUUGGGUUUCCCACAAAAGCGCGGUCACACCAAAAGCUGUGUUUCCACAAAUGCGAAACGGCCUCGAAACUUUUUUUUCCGCACACGCUCACUUCCCACACCACUCCCAUCCCUUUAUGUUUCGCCUCAGGAAUCGAGUAACUUCUCUGAAACCCAAUUCUACGAAAUCCCAGCAGCUAAACACAGCCCGACUUCCCUAGAGACAGAGAGAGAGAAAACACUGUAAACCUCAAUCACACGCUCCUGUUUUCCCGGUACUGAAAAAAAAAAAAAAAAAGUGGGUCCGUGGCCGCGCUAUGCAUGCUAGGAUUAGUAGUUCCUCCAUUCCGCAGGGCGAAGGGUCAGGGCGGAGCUCAGGUUGACUCCGUAGCAGACAACUACAAUUCCCAUGGGGCCGUGCGUUUGAAAGAAAGGGGCGGGACGGGAGGGGGCGCGUCGCGCUUGCGCAGUCCCCGGGGCCGGAGGGAGGCGGAGGCGUAGCGGUCCAACUGCUGAAGUCCCCAUGUGACAGUGAGCGGGGUCCCGGCUCCAGAAGACGCUAGAGUCUGCGUCCGGGCCCUCAGCACUGUCCACUGUUCCGGGGCCAGCAGAGACCAGCAGGCCCAGGACGGUUGGUGUUUGACCGUGCCGCUAACUUGGUGUACAGAGUGAAUUGCCGCUGCCGGAGCGGAGAGAGGCGGAGCGGCCAGGAGAGAGGGGAUUUCUGUCAGCGCCGGCGCUCGGGAGCUCGGAGACAUGAACGGCUUCACGCCUGACGAGAUGAGCCGCGGCGGAGAUGCGGCCGCUGCAGUGGCCGCCGUAGUCGCUGCCGCGGCCGCCGCCGCCUCCGCGGGGAACGGGACUGGCGCGGGCGCCGGGGCUGAGGUGCCGGGCGCGGGGACGGUCUCAGUGGCUGGGCCCCCGGGGGCGGCCGGGCCGGGCCCAGGGCAACUGUGCUGCCUGCGGGAGGAUGGUGAGCGGUGCGGCCGGGCGGCAGGCAACGCCAGCUUCAGCAAGAGGAUCCAGAAGAGCAUCUCCCAGAAGAAGGUGAAGAUCGAGCUGGAUAAGAGCGACACGAAACAAAGGGGACCGCCGGACCGAGGGCCCAGAGUAGUUUGCUUGCAGCCCGGCAGCUCUUCUGGAAUGGAGGCGCCUUUGUUUUGCUGCCCAAGCUGGUGUUUGGCCCCAGGCGGUGCUGACUCCCCUCGUCUAGGGGAAAGUGGAGGACCUUCGCGAUCCAGGAAGAUCCUGUUCCUUUCUGUGUUCCGUCUCCUCCGGAGCGGAGUGAGAGGGAAGCCGAGCUCACCCGCCGCCUGGCAGUGAGCCGGGGGUGUAAACGGCGUUUGCGCUGUCAGCUCCGAGGGCAGCUGCUCCGAUGGUGGGGAGCACGUAGCCUCUGCGGUUUUGCCAUCCCCUUGGCAGCCAUCAGGAUUUCUUUUUUCCUCCUUCUGCGCGUCUUUUCGUUUGACCAUCUAACAGCCGUUGCUACUUUUGGGAGAUCUGGCCAGCGGUAGAUGAAUAACAUGGUAUCAAGAACCUACCACAAGUGCUGCGUAUUUUUAUCUUGCGCUUGGCUUAGAAGUAAAUGUAAAAGCCUGUUAGCUCAGUCCGUAUUUGUUUCAAAUGUUAGUCUACAGUUCGCAGGAGUGUGUGUAAUUAAAGUUUUUGAAAAGCUUAUUUGUGAUACUUUUUUGCCCGUUUAAACAGUUUUCAGUGUUAUCCGUGAGAAACUUUUCAGGUGAACUUGCAUAAUUUCAGAUUGCUUUGGGAAAAUGUGUUAUAAAUAAAUACAUUGAUUUAAUUUAAUAUUCAGAAAAGUUUAUAACUGAAAUUUAAAUAUAGUUAUGAAGUCGAUAGCUCAUUUGUAAAAACGGAUGGUUUUGCAUCUGGAAUAUAAUUUGGGCAUCCAGUUGGAAAGACUGGAAAGCAUACAUUAUGUUACUAAAAUAUGCUCUUCUUUAAGUAGAGAAAGUACUGUCAAGUAGCAAAAGUGUGGGCAGCAUCAUCUUUCCCCUUAUCAGUUAAAAAUUCAACAUGAACUAAUUCAUGUCAUCCUCACUGCUAUUUAUUUAUUUAUUUAUUUAUGUGAGACAAAGUCUCACACUCUGUUGCCCAGGCUGGAGUGCAGUGG